AGUGGAAAAUAUAACCAAGGAUACACGUUUGGAUGGAACUCCCAAUGCUAUAGGCGAGGGCGCACGCGACGUACAAGAAUCAAAGGAAGCUUUGCCCGAUAUCCCUGUCGAAGAUCUCGAGAAAGGAAAAGAAGCUCUGAUACUCAAUACUCCUGAACCAAGCACUGGAAUCCCGAAUUCCGACCCGCAGUCGCAAAGUUUGCCAGAUAUCGAAAAGCAAGAUGAGACGACAGCCAGCACGGAACCUUUAACAGGCGAAGAGCAGUUGCCUAUGGAGUCGGAUAAAAUUCCGGAGCCCAUCAAGACACCUGAGAUAAGCGCCACCGAGCAGCAAGAAUUGCCUAUCAAUGAACAACUCGAUUUCGACCCUUCUGCGCCAAAAGAACCGGAACCUCAGCCUUCCCCCAUUAGCCGCAAGAAGUCGAAAAGGGACAAGAAAAAGAAAAGAAUGAAUGCCCAAACCGGAUUAGAAACAGGCUCGGGAACCCAGACGCCUGUAAGUCAAAAGCCGAAUACAGGUCAUAAUUCAAGCGACAUCAUCACAGGGGAGCCCGCGGCUCAGGGACUGGAAAGGACAACGGUAAAUGAGGAAGUCGAAGGGCAAGGUUCUAAAGCAAAGGACGUCGAAGAAGGAAUCCCCCCCAAGCCGAAAGACCAAGAUCAAAAUGCUGAAAACAUCAAUAUCAGUCACCCCGACGAGAACAGCGUAGAAGUUCCGGAAAUCACUCGACUGCCGUCGCCCGUAUCGGAGCGCCAUCCUGGCAAAGGGCCUCUUAGCGAAACCAGACAAGACAAUUUAGACCACGUCGAGUUACCGGGGCCUGUCACCCCUCCUCGGACUCCGUCAACGGUUGCCGCACACACGGUCAAUGUUGACCUUUCGCCGGCCCAGCUAAGCAGUCAUAUAGAACAUGAGCGCCCAUUCGAUCAGUCACCGCAGCCAGGCAAGAGGAUUAGAACUUAUUUGUCCAGCGGUGACCCUACAGUAUCUGAACUCCUUCCAAGCCAAUUCAAACUUGCUCGAAAUACCGAGAGCUCAGGCUACGAGGCCCGCGGGCUGUUACCACCUGCAGGAUCAUACAUGGCAGAAACCAGUGAUAACAAUCUCGUUUCGCAUGACAUCACUCCUAGCCGAGAGAUUGCAGUCUCUUAUCUUGAAUCUCAGUUAAUUACAAAGGCCGAAAACUCCCAUGACGUCGAAGAAAAUGGUGGUAUCAAGCAAAUUAGCACUUCUGGUUUACUCCCGGCGCUCAUACCACGACGAGAGAUUGCCACUUCAUAUUUUGAAGGACAACCUUCAAUUGAGAUUCAACCUCAUGACGACACUCCAGAAGACACAACUGGAAAAUUCGUAGUCAAUGCACCACUGGUAGCAAUGGAUGAGAAUAUUUCUACCUCGCCCGCAGAAUCGCAGUUAACUCAAUUAAAUCCCGGGCAUAUAGAAGAAGAAACCCCUCUUGCAGCUCAGCCUGAGGCUCGGCAGCCAAACCCCGUUCAAGAUACGACCACACCAGCACGUAAGAUUGCAGCUAUCCUUAUGGAAUCUUUUCAUUCGUCUAAAAAGGCGACGAAUAUGCAUAAGGAUGCAGACUCUGCGGUUCCGGAUAUUAUGCCUGCAGCGUCCUCGACUGGAGAGGCUGCACAUUUAACUGAGAAGUAUGCCAACAUGAAAACGCCAGACACUCAAGGCAUACUUGAUAACCGUGUAGUUUCAGAAAUCUCUGAGCCCAAGGUAUUGGAGGAUAAGCAUGCAGAGGUUAAUGCAAGCGAUCAAGAGACUGGGCCGAGCACAGUGGCAGAUGAGCAAAAAGAGGCACCAUCUUCUGAUCUUAAGGAGAUAGAGCCAUCAGGAAAUCUCCCGACAUAUGGAGGCGUUUCCUCGGAAAUUGAGAGCCCAGUAGUAGGAAGAGAAGUACAACAGAGCUUACCGGAACCUCGCAGCGCUAGUCGUGAAGGCCCAGCGUCGAGAGAGCCACCUACUACUGAAAUCAUAAAAAGGCUAGACGAUCUAGACACAUCGGAGCACACCAGUGAACCUUCGGAACCAACAGCGGAGCGCAAAAUCGACGAAGUAUUACUAAAGUCACCAAGUUCAAGGCCUUUAAUUCAAGACUACGGGAAUUCCGGACGCAAUUCACCCCGCGUCCUUCCUCCAGUAAAGGAAGAGACGGGUGAAGAAGUACAAAAUGAAGGACGGAAUCGAGGCGACGGGAUUACAAACGAGACGUCGAUUAUUACACAGGUGAAUAGGGACAGCGGAUUUGUAACAGAUUCACCAAAUCCGAUGCGGCGUAGUUCGGUGGCCGAAUUAAGCGUACGCGACAGCGGUGUGCAUUUGCGCGAUUGGCCAGAAAAGACGCCCCAAAAAACUGCAGGCUUAGAAGACAAAAGCAGUGUAAUUCGCACUCCCCAACCGAAUGAAAAAAGAAGCAAAAAGCUAGGAUUGGGAAGCGAGGCGCCAGAUUUAAGCACACCAAUUGCUCGCAGUCAAGAUGAGGUACGAGAUACUCAAGAUACUCGAGAUACUAUAGAUGUUAGGAAAACGCGCUUGUCGAAAUCCCAAGAUGUUAAAUGUCAAGAUGUCGGGCAAAGAAGCGUAUCAGAAACUAUAAGUCGAGGAGGAUCAGGAUCAACAGCGCGGACGGAAAAUCAACCAAGGCGGUCUGCAUCCAAUACGAGCAUUUCACGGUUAAAGACACCAGAACCGCUGCCAUUUCGGCCUGAAAGUCCAGGCGGCCGUAAUUUUCGAUCAGGUUCCAACACCCCACCCCUUGCACUCCGACGCACGGGUAAACGAAUGAGCGGUGACCUGAGAUCUUUGAGCUCCAACCUCUCCAAUAACAACAAGGGCUCGAGAGAAAAUAUCCACCAGACCCAGACCCAACAACAACUUCAGCAGACCAAACCCACCAAACCCAUACCCGUGGCUAAUGAGGGCCGUGUCCGAGCCAAGGACAUGACGGACGUAUACGAUGGCUACGGCGAGGGCCGCAUUGGAUCCCCACGGUCUCCAACCCGACCACAGAGCAUGCGUCGCCGACAAAGCAUACAGGUUCUAGAACUCGAAUCGAGAGUCGAGCAAUUAGUGGCCGAAAAUCGCGCGCUUGCCGACGAAAAGGCCCACGUCGAACAAAGCAUAACCCAUCGAACUGCAUCCGCCAUCACCGAGCGCGAUGCCGAAAUCGAAAGUCUCAAGGCCUCACUUGACUGGCUACACAAGGAAGUCAAUCGAUUAACUGAGGUUAAUGAAGGUCUUCACAGCGCCAAUAACGUCCUUGCCGAUCAGCACAAUGAGAAGUACAAACGCCUCGAAUCUCAGCACGCAUCGGCAGCCAAAGAACUCGAAAACUUGCGACUAGCUCAAGAUAAUUACGAUAGGACAAUACAAGAAAAAGACAGCGAGAUCCAAGAGCUACGUGCUCAACUCGAGGUUACCAAAGAGCAGGUUAGGGAAAUGCAACGACAAAUACUUGCCCACAAACCUCCCGACGCAGACUUCCUUCGUCUCAAAGAUGAAGAUCACUUUGACCAUCGCUGCCAACAAUUGUGCCAACACGUGCAGCAAUGGGUCCUUCGCUUCUCCAAAUUUUCUGACAUGCGUGCUUGUCGAUUGACGAGCGAAAUCAACGAUGAAAAGAUUAUCGACCGAUUAGACAACGCAGUCUUAGACGGCUCCGACGUUGACGAAUACCUCAGCGACCGAGUGAGGCGUCGCGACAUAUUCAUGUCCAUGACUAUGAACAUGAUUUGGGAGUUCGUCUUUACUCGUUACCUGUUCGGCAUGGACCGGGAACACCGGCAGAAGCUGAAGUCCCUAGAGAAGCUUCUAUUAGAAGUUGGACCGCCGCAUGCUGUCCGCCAGUGGCGCGCCGUAACAUUGACGCUACUGUCUAAGAGGCCAGCCUUUGGUGAUCAGCGUAACCAGGACACCGAGGCCGUCGUACAGGCCAUCUUCCAAACCCUAUGCAUGAUCCUCCCGCCUCCGUCCAACCUGGAGGCACAAAUACAAUCGCAGCUCCGCCGUGUCAUGCGCGAAGCUGUCGACCUUUCAAUCGAGAUGCGUACUCAGCGGGCCGAAUAUAUGAUGCUACCGCCAUUACAACCUGAGUACGAUGCCAACGGCGACCUAGUACGCACCGUCGCUUUCAACGCGGCGCUCAUGAACGAACGAUCAGGAGACUCGGUCCCUAAUGACCAAUACGAAGUCCAGCGUGCCAUCGUCCGCACGGUACUCUUCCCGCUCGUAGUUAAAAAGGGCGACGAUAACGGCGUUGGGGACGAGGAGGUCGUCAUCUGCCCUGCACAGGUGCUCGUCGCCAAGCCCCCGCGUCACGCCACCAUCCGCAUAGUCACACCCACAUCCGACACAGCGCUAUCGCGAGGCGCCACACCCUCAGCAGCUGCUCCUAGCACCGUCAGCCUUCAGAUGCAAGACGCUCCCCUCCCCAUGCCAACUCCCCCGCAAGAGGCCGAGUACCUCGAAGGUGGCAUCUAGAGAAUGACGCCUUCCUCGCGGAUACGCAGAACAACAACAACAGCAGCAGCAGCAACGCGGGCUCAUAACAAAAUUAAUAGUAAUAAUCAUAAACGGAGGGCCUAGGCCAACUGGGUAUACGCUUU